AUGUCUGCUCAUCUCAGAGGUCUGACACUGAAGAAAUCAUGGUCAAUGCUGCAUCGGAGUAAGAAGAAGUCCAAGGAGGAGAAGGAGAAGAAAGAAAGAGAGGAGAUGGUGGAGACCAAGGCCAAGCCUGUGCCGGUGCAGAAGCCACCGCCUCUGACGGCUGAGCAGAGGACGAAGCAGACGCCCAUCGAGAGGGUCAUCUAUGACAUGGCCUACAACGAGCGCGUGGUCAACGACCUCAUCCUGGGACGCCGGAUAUCCUUCUACGAGCUCCGUGGAGAAGUGGGCACGGGCAACUUUGCUCAUGUCAAACUAGGGAUUCACGUCCUGACAAAAGAAAGGGUGGCCGUGAAAAUCCUGGACAAGAACCGUCUGGACAAGAAGGCGCAGGCUCUGUUCACCUCGGAGAUCAGCUGCAUGGAGAAGGUGUCGCACCCCAACAUCGUGCGGCUGUACGAGGUGCUGGAGACCAGCAAGCGGCUGUACCUGGCCAUGGAGUACGGCAGCGGAGGAGACCUCUACUCCCGCAUCUCCACCAGGGGGCGACUGCCAGACCUGGAGAGCAAGCUGGUGUUCGCUCAGAUCAUCUCGGCCAUCAAGCACAUGCACGAGAACAACAUCGUCCACCGGGACCUGAAGGCGGAGAACAUCUUCUACACCACCAGCUACUGCAUCAAGGUGGGUGACUUUGGCUUCAGCACCGUCACCACGCCGGCCGACACCCUGACGACCUUCUGCGGCUCGCCGCCCUACGCCGCGCCCGAGCUCUUCAAGGACAAGGGCUACGUGGGCCAGCACGUGGACGUCUGGGCGCUGGGCAUCCUGCUCUUCUUCAUGGUGACCGCCACCAUGCCCUUCUCCGCCGACAACCUGAGCCGCCUCAAGCGCGUCAUCCUGCACGGCGCCUACGCCAUCCCGCCGCACGUGCCCGAGCCCUGCCAGCACGUCAUCAAGGGCAUGCUGCGCCAGGUGGCCGGCGACCGCACCUCCAUCGCCCAGAUCAUGAGCAGCGACUGGCUGUCGGGCGUGGAGUACCCCAGCCCGCACCCCGUGUACAGCCUGACCCCGGCGCACCUCGCCGAGGGCGCCAGCGCCAACACCCUGUCGGUGGAGGAGAGGGAGGUGCGGCUGGCACUGGCCGACCUGGGCAUCACCACCCAGCACCUGCAGAACAACGGCAUGGACUCGCGCAGCCCCGUCACGGGCACCUACCGCAUCCUGGUGCACCGCGUUCAGAAGAGGAGGACGGUGGAGGCGGUGGGCUACACCACGCAGUACCCCGACGAGCUCCAGGGCAGGAACUCUCUGGGCAACGUGCCAUUUAGACACAACCCUUCCUCCGUCUGUAUAAUCCUGUAG